UUUUUUUGGUUAAAAAAUGUUAUUUGAAUAUUAAAAGAAAAAAGAUAUAUAUACGAAACAAAAUGAUUUUAAAAUCAUUCACCAAUUAUUAUUCAAUUAAUUCUGUUUCAAAAUAAAGUUACCCGUACUUCUAAAUACAAAAAAGGGUUUUAGAUGAAAGUGAUGACGGAUUAACAAAGCAGUGUACAACACACGUCCUGAUAAAGAUGAUAUGCCUAUGCCUUGGGAUACUGGUAAAAGAAGAAGGCAAAACGAUAUUUAUGUCAAAAUCAGCAUUGGUAUCCCCCUCUAAAAUAGAAUCAUGAACGACAAUGUUAACUCAACCAUAAAACGGUCGUAAGUAUUGUUGUAAAGGCCACGACAGAACUACUGCAUAUAUUUCCAUUAAUAAAGUUGAUGAAAUUGGUACUGCAUAUAUUUCCAUUAAUAAAGUUGAUGAAAUUGGCCGUACUGUACUACAUUCAAGUUUGAACAUUCCUCUAAAUAUUCAUGAAAGUUUCUCAGAGAAUCGGAUAAAUAAAUUGCUAAAAUUAUCCUGGAUGAUGACUAAGAUAAAAACCGGUCCCAACGUCAACCAACCUGAAAAUCCCGGUCCCACAAAUUCUGUCGAACCCACUCCCUAUCCCACGGUAGAACCGCACGCGGUCGUAGCUCCAAACCCAACACAUCCUACUUUGGCCUAUUCUUUCAAAAUAGGCAUAUCUACAGUCCAGAAAAUAAUUAGGACAACAAGCCAAGCUAUAUGGCAAACUUUGGUAGGCAAACAUAUGCCACCACCUACUCUCACUGACUUUGAGAGGAUAGCAAAGGAGUUUGAAGUGAAAUGGAAUUUACCAAAUUGUGUGGGAUGUAUUGAUGGAAAACACUGCAGAAUUAGAAAGUCACCUCAUUUUGGCAGUGGGUUCUACAAUUAUAAACACUUUUUCUCUGUGGUUUUACAAGGAAUUGUGGAUGCCAAAGGCAAAUUUAUAACAGUCGAUGUAGGAAGUUUUGGCAGUGAAUCUGAUGGAGGUGUUUUUGCUAACUUCAAAAUAUAUAAAAUGAUAGAAAAUGGAGAGAUACAAUUACAUCCUUCUAAAAGAUUGCCGAAUUCCAGCCUCAUUUUCCCACAUUUUUUUGUCACUGAUGAUGCCUAUCCUUUGAAGUCCUAUAUUUUAAAGCCUUAUAAAGGUAUCCUUACCCCUCAACAAGAGGCCUUUAUUAUCGGAUAUCUCGUGCUAGGAUACAAGUCGAAUGUGCAUUUGGCAUCUUGAGAGCUAAAUGGAUGAUUUUUGAUCGUCCUAUGGAUACAAAACUAUCACUUACUGAAUAUAUCAUAAAAACAUGCACAUUAUUACAUAAUAUAAUUAUUGAUAAGGAAAGAUUUAUUUCUUUUAAUCCUAAAAUAAAAUCACCCCCUGAAAAUUUAUUUAAACCACAAUCAAUUAAAUCAGCAACAAAUAUUGCAAAGUUUAAUAGAAAUUUAUUAUGCUUAUAUUUAUAUAAA